AUGAGUCAAAAAGCCUUGAAUACAUCUGUUGAUUUUUUGAGUAAUUUAAAAAAGCGAGUUGAUCAACAAGAAAACUUUGAUAUUGGUUUGCUUCUUUCGAUCGGGUACAAACAAGAGGAAGAAGAUCAAGAAAUUCUUCAUCAUACUAUUUCUCUCAUAUCUUCUCUCGAAUCGGAAAAGGCUAAAAGUUCCUUCUCUAAUGUAUCAUCGGAGUGGUUUCAAAAACAAGUACAAAUUCUUCAACAAUCAUUGCCAUCUAAUGUGAGGAUUUCUGGUUUUUAUUUGAAGGAUUUUUCGUAUAAUGUAAAGGAAAGAUUGAGUGAUGUGAUUGCUCUUUAUGUGAGAAGCAUUGAAAGUAUACAAUCUGAGGAAGGUUCUCAAAUUUAUUUUGUCAAUUUGCAAAAGGAUGAAGCAAGUGGACUUGUCCCUCAGGGAUUUGUGUUUGAAAACGGAAAACAAAGACAAGAUUUGACAGUUUCUUUCACUGAAAAGUCAGCAAUAUCAUCAAACAGUUUAAAGGAAUAUUUGUGUGUCCUUCCAUAUCACGUCAAGCUGAAAGUUGGUAAAAACAUUGAUUCUUUGAUUGAUGAGCUUGAAAAUACAUUGGAAAAAUCAUUUGAAAAGAAUUAUAUUUGGAAAGUGAAUAGAAAGGAAAAGAGAGUGAAAUGUUUUUUAAAUACCAAUAUUGAACUACAACUUGAGGAAAAGAAAGUACAAGAUGAAUCUGAACUUAUGGAAAUUGUUUUGAGUGGUGUUAUUAGUGGUGUCGUUCAAACAAUAGAGUCUGUUAAAAAUUCUGAUGAAUUUAUUAUUGAACUUGUCAAGAAGAAUAUUAUUGAAGGAUUAGUGACACGUAUUGCCUAUGAAGAUGAAGCCAUUCUCAAAGCUUCCAGUAAGAAAUUGUUGAGACGAUUCUACAUUGUCGAUAGUGAAUCCAAUUUAAUCUACUCGGACUAUUGUGAAAAUGUAAAGAGUAUUGGUAUUGUUGAUGCUAUACCUUCUCUAUUAUCCAAUAGCAGUCAAUUUGAAGUUAUUGAUUCUGAAAAUAUUGAAGGACAUAUUAACAGAAUCUCAGUUGAUAGAGAUGUUAUUGAAGUGCCAGAGUUCAUUAAGAAGAAGAAACAAGCCAAGAAGGAUCAAACACUCCAACAACAAGACACCUCAACACCACAACAACAAGAUGCAUUUGCUUGGUUCUUUGCUUUCAUUGCCUUCGUAAUGUCUCUUCUUGGUCUUGGAAAGAAGGAACAGGUUAAACAAUAA